UGGCUUCCAUACUUUCGUCAACAACAUUUGCAAACAGAUAAGACAAUCAAUUGCAGCCACAAAUCUGCUCUACAUUAAACUCACCCACCAUUUUCUCCUUCCUCACUCCUUUUCACAUUCCACCGUCCAUCUAAAUCUUCUUUCUAAAACAGCAGAGUAAAAAAACUAAAAAGAGAUGCUGCAAUCCAUGCUUUCCUGCUGCAAACUCUACAUAUCCGAAAGCCGAAAUUCUCUAGCUCUGCAAUCCAUCGAACGAGCUGCAACAUUACACCCAGAUGCAGCCAUCAUCAACAAAUUCAAGGACGAGGCUUACAACAGAGUCGGCUACACUCUCGUCUCACCAUUAACCGAGAACCCCUUCUUCAAUUCUCCUCUCAAUGAAGCUGUGGUUUCCAUGGUUGCAGAAGCCUUUAAAGCCAUUGAUCUCCGAAGCCAUUGUGGGACUCACCCUCGGCUUGGAGUUGUCGACCAUAUUUGUUUCCAUCCCUUAGCUGAGUCGACGCUCGAGCAGUCUGCCCGUCUCGCAAAGAUGGCGGCUGCGGCCAUUGGCCAAUGUCUUCAAGUGCCCACCUUCUUGUACGGUGCAGCUCAUGAGGAAGGAAGAUCCUUGGCGAGCAUUAGAAGGGAGCUGGGCUACUUUAGGCCCAAUUCAGGAGGUCAUGAAUGGGCUGGUGGACUUUGUCUUGAUAUAUCUCGUAGAAAGCCUGACAAAGGUCCAUCUCAAGUGGAUCAAGCCCGAGGCGUUGUGGUAAUCGGGGCUACGCAAUGGGUGGACAACUACAACAUCCCGGUCCGGUCCACUGAUAUGACCGUGGUUAGUCGGCUUGCAAAGAGAGUCGGCGGGCGGGGAGGUGGGUUCGACUCGGUUCAAGCCUUGGCGCUUGCACAUGGGAAAGAUUGUAUUGAGUUGGCUUGUAAUCUUCUUGAGCCGGACCGAGUUGGAGCCGACCGGGUUCAACUGGAAGUCCAGCGGUUAGCUGCACAGGAGGGGCUGGUUUUGGAACAGGGUUACUUCACUGACUUCUCUCGGGAUAGAAUCAUCGAAUCUUACUUGAUGAGGAAGGUUGAUUAGAUGUUUGAAGCAAUGGGAUAAAUCUGUAAAUAUAUUAAAAAUUUUAAUCGCUGUUUCAGUUACCCCACAGCUGAAACAGUUGCCCCCCCACAAUAUGAUCAUUUUUACAGAAACAGUUACCCCACAACUGUUUUCACACAGCUGUACCAAACAGACUACUAGCU